GCAAUGGACUUCUGGAGGCCGACCAAAGCACCGGAGGCUCGGCUCUUUUUCCUCACUCACCUUCACAGAGAUCACACGCUGGGCCUCUCUUCAACAUGGCGGCUUCCGAUCUACACUUCCCCAAUCAAUGCCCUACUUUUACAGCACAAAUUCGAGAUACCAAAGAGUAUAAUUCGAGAAUUAGAGGUGGGAGAAACGUACUUGUUGCCUCUUGACCCUGAAGGAGACUACACUAUGAGUGUUACACCCAUUGAUGCAAAUCAUGUACCAGGAGCUGUCAUGUUUCUCUUCCAGGGUUACUUUGGCAAUAUUCUGUACAGUGGUGACAUGCGCUGGUAUCCAGAACUUGUAGAACAUCCUGUGCUGAAGCAUUUGAUAGAAGCAAGAGAACUGGAUGUACUCUACUUGGACAAUACGUUCUCAGCACCCUUUUGCAGAUUCCCAUCCAGGGAGGAAGCCAAAAAGCAGCUCUUUGAUAUUAUUGAGGUGUAACCUGCAAAGCUCAAGGGUUGCAAGGCUCGUCUGAUAUGUUUGAUUUCUGUCAUGGAAAAGUAGCCUACCUUUCCAAACCAACAGCAGGGAAUGUGAAUAUUAGAAAUUCCUACCCAGAUCACACAAUUAAGA